AUGAUGCUGGACUUGCAGAUAGCUAUUACUGUGUGGGUGCGAUCGAAACACCUUUGGAAAAACAAGAGUGCCUCUCUUGGACAAAGGUUUCAAAUUGCGGAAACCAAUCGCACUUCCCCGAUAUAUCUGUCAAUAUCUGUGAAUGAGACUAUUUGCAUUAGUGCAAUGUCAGUGUUAGGCUUGCUUUUGAUUCAAAAAGACAACAGUGAAACUAUAGGCACCAGCCAUCUCAUCGUUUAUUUACUUGAUGCGCUUGGUGCCUGGAGGAUUAUCUUCAUCAACUUCACACUUAUCUACUACAGCUAUCUUGCGAAAAAGACCCGACAGGCUGUCAUGACUCAUUUGGCAAGGAGUCCUCAGCAAUCAACUGUUGAUCACUUUGCAGGUCUCAGAGAUAUGUGGAAAUGA